CUGAUGAGGCGCAUCUGUCUCUGCAGCCCGAUCGCUUUUAAACUAAACAUAUUUCGAUCCACAAAUACAAUACAUUUGUGAGGUUUUUUUGCAUUCCCGAUCAAUGUUAGAUGUUUGUGUAGGUAAUUUCUUGAUUUAAUAGUUUUAAUGUGUUACAGAGCUGGACGUGAAUGAUUAUUAAAUGAUGGAUUCGUUUUUUUUUUUAACUACUGAAUACUGAAUUUUACACACCGUGAUCUGGAUGUUACUGUGUUUUUUUUCAUCAAGUGAUCGAGGAAAGUAACGAACACGGAAAUAUAAUGAGUCCAACCAGAGGAAAAAGAUGAAGGAAUGAUCUGAGCGUGAAUCACCCACUGAACACAAUCACACACAAGAAUGCGCAUUAAAUAUACCAUUUCUAUCAUCUUUAUUGUGGCUCUGGUCAUCAUAGAAAAGGAAAACAACAUUAUUUCAAAGGUGUCUGAUAAACUGACCCCCAGACUGACCCCGCUGCUGAUGCUCAGUGCUUCUCUGCUGUCCGCUGCGCAGCACAAUGUCUCGACGGACGCCUCGGCCCACCAACACCUGAGUGCUCUGGAGAACUCGACUCGGAGCGUCCAGCAGAGCGGAGGACGCAAGCACAUCCUUCUGCUGGCCACGACUCGCACCGGCUCCUCGUUCGUGGGAGAGUUCUUUAACCAGCAGGGCUCCAGCAUGUUUUACCUGUUCGAGCCGCUGUGGCACGUGGAGCGCAUGCUGACUGUCGAGAGCGGCGGCACCAACGCCUCGGUCGCGGCGCCAGCGUAUCGAGACGUGUUGCGCCAGCUGCUCCUGUGUGACUUCUCGCUGCUGGAGAGCUUCAUCGAGCCGCCGCCACAGGAUCAUGUGACCGCUGCGCUCUUCCGGCGCGAGUCCAGCCGCUCGCUGUGCGAGGAUCCCGUCUGCACGCCGCUGGUCAGGAAGGUGUUCGAGCGCUACCACUGUCGCGAGCGCCGCUGCGGGCCGCUCAACCUGACGCUGGCCGCUCAGUCCUGCAUGCAGAAGCAGCACCGCGUGAUUAAGUCCGUCCGUGUGCGGCAGCUGGAGACGCUCCGGCCGCUGGCAGAGGACCCCAGGCUCGACAUGACCUUCAUCCAGCUGGUCAGAGAUCCUCGCGCCGUCCUGGCCUCGCGCAUGGUGGCCUUCUCCAGCAAGUACGACAUCUGGAAGCGCUGGGCCGUGGAUGGAGACCUUCCGGUGGACGAGGAUGAAGUGAGGAAGCUCAAAGGAAACUGCGACAACAUCCGCACAUCUGCUGAGAUCGGACUGAAGCAGCCGCCGUGGCUCCGCGGACGCUACAUGCUUGUGCGCUACGAGGACAUCGCGCGAUUCCCCAUGCGCAAAGCUGCAGAGAUGUAUGACUUUAUAGGCAUUCCCUUCACUGCAAAGGUGGAAGAGUGGAUCUUAAAAAAUACCCAGGUGUCUAAGGAGGUCAGUGGAGUUUAUUCCACCCAGAAGAACUCCUCGGAGCAGGUGGAGAAGUGGAGGUUCAGCAUUCCCUUCAAACUGGUGCAGCUGGUGCAGAAAGUGUGCGGCCCCACUAUGACUCUGUUUGGAUACAAGUUUGCAGAAAACAAAGACAUGCUGACUGAUAAAUCAGUAAGUUUGAUUGAGGAGAGAACAUUUUUAUGAUUCUACACAUACUUCAUGAAGAAGAAUGAUGAGAUUCAUGAAGUAAUAUGUGACAUGAUCGAAACUAGCUGCAAAAUGAACUCCUCGCAUCACUUCUAAAGCAGUAUUGAAAAACAGAAUAUUAUUUCCUUCUUUGAUAAAUGGCCAGUGAGCUCAUUUGAUGAGUAGUUGAAGACAGGGAUUGCAUUGGGAUCUAGCAGGCGUUUGAAGUCUUCUUGACUGUAUACACUGUACUGUAUGUGUGUUUGUUUGGGGAGAAAUGAGCUGCUGCUGUAUGUUCAGAUAUUCUUACUGCUGCCGGAUUGCAGAACUCUAUGAACGAUAUCAAAGGAGGACUCAUACAGAAAAAAAAAACAGUUUCAUAGAUUUAAUAUAUUGUCUUAUUUGACAAGGGCUCUUUGUUAGAAACAAAAGUGACAAUGAAUCAUUUCAUAAUUAUGUUCAUAUUACAUUAGUUCACUUUGUUACAAAAAAC